AUGUCAUCAAAUCAAUUGGACGACGACUUGGUUCCGGAACAGGUAGAAGGCUACACCGUAAGCGAGAAAAAGACAGUUGACGAAUACAACAAGCUCGACGCCGAGGAUGAAUCAUUGGCGAAAUGGAAAGCCUCGUUGGGAUUAGCCACUGGUUCAGGCUCAAGUGCCCUCUAUCCAGUCACACCCGGUGACACGCGCAAGGUAGUCGUGACUGAGCUAGCAUUGGAGUUUCCCGAACAGCCGGAACUUGAACCAAUUCGUAUUUCUCUAGAAGAUGACAAGGGACAAACUAUCGUGGGCAAGGAGAUCAAGUUUAGCAUCAAGGAGAAGUCGAUCUAUCAGCUCGUGGUGAAGUUUAGAGUCCAGCAUGAAAUCAUCACUGGCUUGAAGUAUUUACAUUCGGUUAAGCGUGGUGCGUUGAGAGUUGACAAGGUUGAAGAGCCUUUGGGGAGCUAUGCUCCAAACACGAAGGAGAAACCUUACUAUGAGAGGAAGUUCCCCGAGGUGGAGGCGCCUUCGGGGAUGAUUGCUAGGGGCACCUAUUCUGCCGUUUCCAAGUUUGUUGAUGAUGAUAAAAACGUCCACUUGACUGUUCCUUGGAGUUUCUCCAUUGUUAAAUAG